GCGCGUUUUACGUUCGCGUCUCUUGGCCCACGUGACUAAAUGCGGUGACUCGAUUGGACGGGACCAUCGCGGGGGAUUUAAAAGCUUCUUUCAAACUGGCAAAGCGUCUUGUAUCUUUGAUUAGGAAGCAUUUUUAGCGUCAGCGGUUGAGUAGGCAAGCUUGUGGAGAACGCUUGUGGAACAAUAAGUAAUAAACCCGUUGUCCCGGUGACCUAGCGUAGUUACUAUUUACCCCCGAAGCGUCGUUGUUCGCCGUAGUAGUGCAAAUUCGACGAGCUUUAUCAGAAAAGGCUCAUUACAAUCUUCGCCAAAUCGUUGAUUACUGAUAGGAAUGUACAGCACAGCAGCAGUGAAAACUCGCAACCAAUUAUUACAGUAGUGGGGAAUGCUAAUUGAAGCUACAGUUCUGACACGUUGCAAGACUAAUAUUAGCAACGUCAGUUUGUACAGAACACAGUCUCACAAGUAACUGCCGUGGACUGUUGUACAAGAAGCUUCUCUGAAAUUACAACUUUUUACUUAAGAAUUCAUGCCAGCAGGAAAGCUUCAUAAAUAACCAUGUCUCACAAUGUACUUUCAACACGUUCUACUUCUCAUGUCGGGGAUAAUCGACAAAAACCUUUCAAUGAAAAUGCUGGAGCAAGACCAAAGACAACUCAAGGACGUGCCGUUCUUGGUGUGAUCAGUCAAAACACAGCUUCUGGAAGAGUUCAACCAUUUAGAGCUGCGAAACAGAAUGCCACUACUGAAGGAUUCUUUAGUGGUCAACCACCUGUGCAGAAGCUGAGUGGUCAGAACUUCAAGAUAUUUGAUGAAUGCUCCUCAAACAAUGAUGCCAAAGUGCAGCAAAAACCUUCGGUUCCAGCCAUUGCUUCAAACCAACUUCAUCCAGCUCUUACUGCGCUUCCUUCUACAAGACAACCAUUGGUUAAUCUGCCAGUCAAUGUCUCCUUAUCAUCUGUUGAUUCCCCUAUGGUGCUUGACACAUCAGAUGAAGAACGACUGAACAUUUUUGACAUUGAUUCCAAUGCCGGAAUAUACGGACUGUCAGAAUACGCAACUGAAAUCUUUCAACACUUAAGGGAAGCUGAGCAAUUACAUCGGCCCAAGCCAAACUACAUGCGAAAGCAGCAAGACAUCACAGUUGGGAUGCGAGCAAUUCUUGUUGAUUGGCUUGUAGAGGUGGCAGACGAGUACAAGCUCCACACAGAAACCACGCAUCUUGCUGUAAAUUACAUUGAUCGCUUCUUGUCCCACAUGGCUGUCCUCCGAGGGAAACUCCAGCUUGUUGGAGCUGCUGCCAUGUUCAUUGCUGCGAAAUUUGAAGAGAUCUACCCACCAGAUGUUGGUGAGUUUGUUUACAUCACCGAUGACACUUACACCAAGAAGCAAGUAUUACGCAUGGAGCAUCUCAUUUUGAAAGUUCUUAAUUUUGAUGUAGCAGUCCCAACGUCAAACCAGUUCCUUAAACGAUACUUGAAAUCCGCUGGUGCUGACAAGAAAACUGAAUUUCUUGCUCAGUUUCUUUGCGAAUUGGCAUUGGUUGAGUUCGACUGCACACAAUAUCUUCCGUCCAUGAUUGCAGCUUCUUCAGUUUGUUUGGCGAGUUACACUGUAUCUGGAAAGAUCUGGGAUGAAACCAUGGAACACUACAUGCAGUAUCAACUUCAGGAUCUAGCUCCUUGCAUAAAACGCCUGCAUGAGAUCCUUGCUGGAGCUUCCAAAAACUCGCUACAGGCGCUAUUUGAGAAGUACAAGGAUGCGAAGUAUGACUGCGUUUCAAACAUUACAGCCACACCUACAUUACCAUUUGAUGAAAUGGAAGCUGAAGAGUGUUGAGCUUGAGACUGCUCGUAAUGAAGAUGCUGGAUUUGGUUGCAGGUCACAGUUGCUGCGUCCCCAGCAUCUUAAGUUCAAAACGUGUAGGAAAUGAAGUUGGUCCUGCUGUUACUCACUGCCAUUUUACCGCAGUGCACCAGGCACUGUUUUUAAUCCACUUAUUUUUAUCUGCCUGCCUGCGCUACCAUCUUGUUGGUAACGAUCUGCUGUAACUGUGAAUUAUGUUUAUCAGGUGUAAACUUUGAUGUCAAAAAAACAGUUCUUGUGACAAAAUGUUAGUUCGUCUUAAAAUUCAAAGUUUGUUUGACUUGUCCAAAUCUUUUGUUCGAUUCGUCCAAAUUUAUGUCUAUAAAAUCAAGUCGAACUUUUGCUGUGCAUUUAUCAUGUUAAAUUGAGAGAAACCAAAUUCUUAUUGAUUGCUUCUGUUGGCCUGAAUGUUACGGUUUUAAGUAUUUUUCAGGGCGUUAGUUUUAUUUAUCUUUUGUUCUACGUUAGUUACAGUUUGCCCUUUUUAAAUCUUAACAUCUUCGUGCAUACAUUGGAACUAUUUUACCCUUCAAUAAACAAUACUGAAUUUUAAAA